UCCUGAAUCCAGGACAGCUCAGAAGGUCCGCCAAUAAAUACAAUGGGCUGUAGAGUUUUGCUACUACGUAGGUCCUCCUGUACACACUCUAUUGCGCAAACGGCUCCAUCCCCUAUUUCUGGGGACUGCCCAUGGCCUGUAACAGUGUCCUUCACAUCAGAUGUCUCGAUGGGCAAGAGUCCGAGCGAUAAGGUCCCCGUCCUCCGGCGUGACUCGAAAUUGUACCCGGCGCAGGAGUUUCUCGUACACCUGAACCUGACUUUCAAGAACUUGGUAUCUCCUUUCCAUAGUCUCCCUUUUGCCGUCAAUGUAGACGCACUCUAUUCCACAAGCCGCGCAUCGACUGCAUGGCUGGUGACCGUCGCAUUUGGCCUUGCGUUUUCUGCAUUCCUUACAUGGCUUCCUAGUGCGUGGCCCAGCGGCCACUUCACGUAUCAAUAAUCUCGGGAUGGCAACCUUAAGAGGCAGACGUACUCGGAGAAACAGACUGUGAGUCCGGAUUCGAGGCCAUAUCAACAGAUGACGCUGCCUACGCCUCAGGUGAUGAUAGCCGUAAUGGGAUUGUGCCUGCGCAACUUCUACCACCACUGAGUGACAUGGGGGAG